UCCGCCCGCCAUGGCCGCCCCAUGCGGGCGGGCGGGCGGGCGCGGGGCGAUGACGCCCGGGUAGGGCAGUGGAGGGCGGAGGGCGCAGCGCAAGAUGGCGGCUGCCGCGCUGCUGCGCUGUGGAAGGGCGGCCGCCCGCCAGGUGCUGCGGCUGGACCCCCCCGCGCCCCGAUGUGCGCCCUCAUCGGCGGCGCUGUGCACCCGGCCGGUGGGCUCCGGGACGCCGGCGGACAGCAAUGUAAUGACACCUCAGGGAAGCACCAGGCUGCUAGCCACGAAGGCAACAGUUGAAUUUCCUAAAACGUUGUCUUCUAGCUCAGAGUCUCCAACUGAAGGUGAGACAAUAUCUAGUACUAAUCUCAAGGAAGCUUCAAAACCUUCUGAUGAAGAUCUGAGAGCGUUGAUGUCAAGAAAAACUGUGGUUGCAUUUCCUCAGCGCAGAAUUGGUUCUUCCAUUGUGGAGGAAAAACACACUAGAGCCGCAAGAGGAGGAGGCAUGAGGAAAGAAUUAGCUGAAGAAGAAGAAAGCUCGUCUUCAUCCAGCUCGGAUUCAGAUUCUAGCUCAGAUUCUGAAGGAGAAGAUGAUGAUGAUGAUUCAGAAGCUGCCAUUAAAACCAGAGUGGAGUUUCCUAGGCGAGAUGCCAAAAUUUCUGAGAAAGUAACAACAAAUGCAUCAAAGCUACCAAAGGGUAACUUGUCCCAGAAACGCCACAAAGAAUCUGGAGCUAAGAAGAAGCCAAGCAAAACAGAACCAGAUAUAUCUACCAUCAAGCAGGUGACGUUUUCUAAAACUCCAGUUGGUCAUAAAACAUCAAAAUCCAAGGCAAGAGACCCCAACGUAAAAUCAGCUCCGAAAGAAGCGGAUCAGCAGAAGCUGGCCUUAGAACCACACUUGGAUGAACACCAAGCCCUGGCAGACAGCACUCUUAAAUCCGAUUCUUUGGGGGAAAAGUCCGCUGGAGCCCAGGUAGCAACAACUCAGCUGAAAGCUCCACCAGUGGCUCAGGAAGACAAAAAGCCAAACCUGGUGUCCGGAGGGGAAGCAAAAAGGGUAAAGGAGGCAUGGGAGUCAGCAGCAGUAGAAGUAACUUCUAAACAAGAAGAGGAGACUUCUGAAAGCGCGGUGUUGGUGAUGGGUACAAAGGAGGAGACCGUGCAGGAAGCAGGUGACCAAGCUGGAGAAAGCAGCACAACAGAGGAGCCUGCAGCAGCUGCUCAGCCUGAUCCUGAAGAAUUUGAUAAUUCUACCUACAAGAACCUCCAACAUCACGAGUACAAUAUGUACACCUUCAUUGAUUCUGUUGUGGUUCUCUCAAAAUUCAGGCAGCCGCAGCCAUCUUCUGGAAGACCAUCACCAAGGCACUGAACGAACCACAUUUAAAACAAAUGUGUAGAUCAUAUGAUAAAAAACCUAUUUAGCUCUGAUGUAGAACCUAUUAUAAAUCAAUAAAUGUGUGAUAACUUCU